AUAUUUGAAAUAUUUUAAUAUAAAAUAGAGAAAAAAAAUUUAAGGGAAAUAACGAAAAUACUAUAACUAAAGAAAGUCUUAAAACCUUAAAACGAGAUAAUCAAAAAGACAUAAGCGUUCUGAAACCUUCUCUACUUAAAACAACAGCUAUGGAACGCUAUUACGUUGGCCGUGAUAGCGGUGACACAGGAGCCCAAUUAUACAACAGCAAUAACAACAGAACCGAACAAAGGGAGAUCACUGGUUUGACACGUAUUACUAAGAAACGCCUAAAAGAGCUCUGCAAAAAGGAUAAACUCUAUCAGACGCCGGCGCUUAAUGAUGUACUUUAUCUUCACUAUCAAGGCAUCGAUUGCAUUGAGUGCUUGGAGGAAUACACCGGGCUCAAAUGCCUUUGGUUGGAAUGCAAUGCCAUAUCCGAAAUACAAGGACUGGACAAUCAAAAACAUCUCAAGUGCCUAUUUUUACAAAGUAAUUUGAUAAAACGUAUUGAGAACUUGGAAAACUGCCCGGAGCUAGAUACCCUYAAUUUAGCAUCGAAUCAUAUACGAAAAAUCGAGAAUUGUGGCUUCGAUGUAUUGCCAGUUUUGAGUACGCUAAAUUUGUCCUCGAAUUAUUUAAAAGACUUCGAUGGUCUUAGGGAYUUGGAAAAUUGUAAGACACUUUCAGUGUUGGACUUAUCGAAUAAUCGUAUUGAUGAUAUUUUGGUGGUGAAGAUUUUCUCUAAAAUGCCACAAUUACGCGUGUUGGUGCUACAAGGUAAUCCAGUAGUAUCUAAAUUACCGCAAUACCGCAAGACCCUAAUAUUGGAAUGUAAAGAACUGACUUACCUCGACAGUCGUCCAGUGUUUCCGAAAGAUCGGGCAUGUGCAGAAGCUUGGAAAAUUGGCGGUUACGAAGGUGAACGCAAAGAAAAUGAACGUUGGAAUCGCAUGGAACGUAAAAAGAUACGUGACAGCGUUAAUGCCACAAUUCGCAUGCGAAACAGACAUAAGCCACUAGAUCAACAAGAUGCACUUUUUAAUUCAUCCGACUCCGAUGAAGAUUCUAUGGAAGUGAAGCGACAUCGCCAAGCUGAAGUUGAUGCUGGAAUAAAUAUGGAAUUGGGCAUAUGGGAAGAGGUAGUGAAUGAAGAUAGCAAAUCGGAAACAGCUUCCUCCGAUAUGAAUGUUAGCUCAUCAACCUCGGUACUAAGUACUACAGACUCAAAUGCUAAUAUUUCAGCGGACUCCAAAUCGCUGGAGUUGCGUUCAAAUCUAGACAAAGAAGAAACAAAAAUUAUGAACGAUUCUUCUAUUACAAAAUCUCAAGUUUUAGAAAUAACRAAAGAUGGUAAUAUGGGAAAUGUAUUGAAUAUUUGUACGGAUUCAUUGGUAGAGAAAGUUAGUAUAACUGAGGAUGAUAGAAAAGAAGCAAGUAUUGCUCAGAAGCGCGUAUUUAUUGAAGAAGUAGCAGAGCGUGACGACAGUAAUAGAACCAACUCUUUCGAUAUUACCAGCGGUGUAAUUGAACGUCUGCUAGACAAUGAGAUAUUACCAGCGGUUGUGCAGAAAACUGGAAAUCUAAAUGGGUGCAUGUCGCAAAUACAAAAUCUCUCCGAUUCCGAUGACGCUGGCAAAGACGAGUACAAUGCGACCGUGGAUGCAAUUUCUAAAAUAACAAUGAAUGAUCUUUCAACACCCUCGCCCAAGAAACGUAUCAAACUACAAAUAGAGGUGGAUGAGUGUUUUGAAAUGAUGGAUACAGAAGAGGAAGAACAAAUUGUAACCGAGAAGAGUUUGCAAAUGGAGGUAGAAGRUCAGCAGCAGCCGCAAGAUUAUAACAGCCAUGUGAAAAACAUAUACGAAAUCUGUUCAUUAAGAGAGGAUAAUGCGUUCCCACAAGCCAAAACAGCUGAACAAUUAAAAUAUGAGCAGGAGUGUGAGGAAGUCAACCAAAAGUUAGUAGAAGACUUUGAAGAACUUUCGACGCACAUGGAUGAAUUUUUCGUAGAAAUGAAAAAAGACAAAGAAUCGGUUGAAAAAACCCAAAGCAUCAGCUUCUCUGCGCAGGAUUAUGAAGUUAAAGUAAAUAAAAAACACAAGACUGCCUUGGAAGAGCAAAACGCAAAGAUGGAUGUGUUGUGCAAAGAACCCACGUCAGAAAACGCCAUUGCUUUUGGGGAUGAACACAUUSCUCAAGUGGAAGUACCUACAGAAUGUCAAACAACAUUAUCAGUUGGUGAAAGAGAGAUAGAAGGAAGCAGCAGCAGCAGUACGGAUGUGCCGCCUGAAGCCAGCGGCAUCGAUAAGGUUGUUCCAUUGGGUAGUACAGUUCUUAAGGUUGAAGCAUUCGACAGUGAUGUACCAGGUGAUCAUGCAGAUACACCAAUACUAGUAGUUAAUAAUGAUGUUACGGAAACAGACAAUCAACAGGAAGCUGUUGUUGUAAUCCCGAACUUUGAUAGACAACCAGGAGAAUCUAUCUCAACUUUCGAACGCGAAGAAAGAGAGCUACGUCAAUUACUACAAAAACUUGAGGAUGAAAAUGAGCAGUUGUAUAAAAUUAACCAUGCAUAUCGACAAGCGUUAGAAAAGGACAUACGGGAAGAAAUAAAAUAUAGAGAUAGUGACAGCAGUGAACAAACUAAUACAAUAUGCGCUGAAAUAAUACAAGAUCUUCUCGAGGAGYUGGCCUUAUUGAAGCAGGCAACGCGAGAACAUCCAACCAAGCCGAAGAGCUAUGAAUUUGGUGAAAUUGAAUCAGAUGAAGAAUACAGUUACUCAGAUCCACCAAAGUCGCCUGAGCCGCAAAUACGCAGCAUACGUGAUGUGUUGGGCUCCUUCAAUGAACUGCUACAGGAGAUAGCACGCAAGAAUAGGGCUGAUAAAGAACGUGAAGAGUCUGAAAACAGAGAAGCCGUUCAAAGUAAAUACGCGACCACCGAAGCUCAAAAGGCGGAGAGUUUACAGAACCUUCUAAAAUCACCCAAUUUGCGAGAUUUUAAUGGCGAUACCAGUGAAUUGUUGGAUCAACAAAUUGCUGUCGAAAAGAAACGCGAGAAUGCGCGUGUUCGCAAAUUAGUAGACCGGGUUUAUUCGCAAAAAGAUAAGUACAACGAUACUUUGGAAGUCGUAGACGGUAAGCUGGUUGUGGUGAAAAAAGACACUGGCGAGAUAGAAGAUUUGCCGGAAAGCAAAUUUAAUUAUAGUGAURCCGACGAUUCAGAUUACUACGAAUCAGCUAACUCUGAUACUGAGGGUGGUACUGAGUCGACGCGUCUUUGGGACUCGAAGGUGCGCAGAGAGGAGAAUGGAGUUGGAAAUUUUAAAUUACCUUAUCGACCCACGGAACGUAUACCUGCCAUGCAGUUAAUACAGAGGGCAAAUGCUUUAAAGGAAAAAGAAGAUGCAGCACGUGAAGCAGCAGAAGAAGAGGAAAAUGAGCAAUUCUAUUCAUUGGAACCAACGAGACCCACUAGUUUCCAUGACGUCGAUGAGGAAUUUAUAGAUAAAAUGGACUUUGAAAAGGCAGCAGUUGAAAAACUCAACGAAGAUUGUGUUGUUGAGUGCACACGCAGCUAUACCGAACUGAAACAGAUCAUCAAGCAGGAUAAAGAAGACUUCAGCUUGACAGAGGAUGAAAAUAAUAUAUUGCAGAGAAUAGUAGAACGCGUGGAGCAAGGUAAUGUCAAGAAAACCAAAAAUGCAGGUUCAUUUACACAAGAAGAGAAUGAGCUAAUGCAUAAGAUGGUGCAACGUACAAAGGAGAAAGAAAAAGAAAAACAGGAAACCCGACGUUUAGAGGGAGAGUCCCACGGAAGCAAAGUUAAGCCAACACUUUCGAAACAGACAAUACAAAUUAUGGAAUUUAAUGGAAACUCGGCUCAAACUGCUGUGAGUAAUGAAGAGAACAGUGGAAACUUUAUGAAUAUCAAACAAUUGGACGCCGAAUUUCCAAUACCACGUAUCUUUAGAGACAUGCUAGAYGAAACAGAUAUGAAUAAAAUGGCGCACAAGUUUCAUGACAAUGAGCCAAAGCCUGAACUGACGGUUUUACGUAGCAAAGAAACAAAUGAGCUUGUAAACAAGCUACAAGAAGAGCAAAAAUGUGGAUUUUUCAGGAAUCCACUCGAACUAACUCGUGGCGGUAUAGCAGUGGAACAACAAUGUAUCGAAGAAAAGUUUCACGAAUCAGCCGUAUUACCAAUAACAGAUGAACCAGACGUGGAAGUGCUGGAUGCGGUAGAUGAGUGUGACGAAUUAGUAAAGGAAGGAGUGUUAGAAUCCGAAUUAGAGCCAGAGUCUAAGCCCUUAGCGAUAUACCAAGAAAUAGACGAAGAAACUUUCAAAGAAAAAGUGGAGCUCAUGAAGGCUAAUCCAGCCUUCAAUGAGAAACGUGAAAAUCUCAGAGAUGUGGCAGUUAGCGUGCUGAAAUUCGAUGGUAGUAAUUACGAGGAAUAUGGCAUUGAUCAAGAAACAGCGCGUGGCGUUGUCGCAUACGAGAAAAUGUUGAAUUUUGGUGUAGUCGAGACCGAAKAUGAGUUUCUAGAUGCGCCAAUGGGCGAGGAAGAAAUGGUAAAAAGCGUAACCGAAGCGCUGCAAAAGAAUGAGUUGAAGAAGGAAAAAGAAACGAAAGAAAGCAUAGCAAAAAAGGAAGCAGAAGAUGUAGUAAACGAGUCCGAAGUACAAAAUCAGCAACAGCCGCAGUCUAAUAUGGAAGAGAUAGAAGAUGCGACCGAUUUCUAUGAAGCGCCAACCAAGACAGAUAAUUUGAAAGAAGACACCGAUGAUACGGUUGAAGAUAACUCCAAAAACGUUAAUCUAUAUGAUUUGGAGGAAAUGACUAAAGCGAAUAUGAAAAAAUUAGAGAAUCUUGAAAAUGAAAUCACAAAUUAUUUAUAUCAAUUCGUGGAUCAUAUACAGAGUCAAGCAGAUUAUAAGAAAUUAGCAGUUGAUACAGAGUUUAAAGACGGUUUAGUUGAAUAUAAGGAUAUACCUCAAAGCCUUGGUAAAUUAGGUGAACAUAUUAGUGAUCACAACACAGCAURUAAAAUACAGCGAGAGACAGCAGCCACAAAACUCAGUGAUGCUAUUACAACACACCAACAACAACCAGAACCUACAACAAAAACUGAAGAACUUGGCAAACCCGCCGUUAAUGACCUACAGAAAUCGCGUAGUCUUGCGAAUCUACUGAAAUCACCAAUCCUGAAACAAUUCAACGAUGAUACCAACGAAAGCCUGGAUGCACAAAUACAGGCAGCGCAGAAAAGCGAUUUCGARUUGCUCGAAUGCAAUCUGGAAGUUAUUGGCGAUGACGAUGAGGURGUCAAUGAAAUCACGGUUAACGCCGAGAUUACAUAUAAUUCAUAAACAAAUAUUGAAAUAAAAAAAAUUGUAUGUAUAUUUUUUAUAAAACACAAGUUUUCAAGUACCAAUUAAUCAUCUGAGUAUAUAUGUACAAGUAUUUAUGGUCCACAUGAGUACUCAGGUUUCACCAAAUAUACUAUAUGUAUGUAUGUACACAAAUUAUUGAAUGAUU